AUGUGUCUAACACACGCAGCACAAAAACAGAUGCAUCAAAUAAAAGCAGCAGAAUCACGUAACACAACUGUAUGUGACAUAUGUGUAAUAGUUUGUGUCCGAAAUGUUUAUAACACGAGAGAGAAUGAAGCGCAUCGUGCUAAUGUUUACUGCACCGUUUUUAAAAUCUUGUGUACUAACUACUGCUUAAAACAAAAUCCGAACAUAUUUGUAUAUCAAUCACGAAGCGCUAGUUGUGAUGCGUCAGUAUUAAUCUUUUCCCUUCUAUCUUUAGACCCAGGAGCAUUUGAAGGAGAUAUUAUCCUUGACCCGGAUGAAAAGGUAGCCAUCGCGAAAGGAGGAAAUGCAUACGGUAGUAUUAAAGGAUGGAGAUGGAAGGGUGGGGUUGUUCCCUACGAAAUAACAUCUUCCAUUGGUCCGUAUGGGCGCCGUGCUAUUGAAGCAGCUAUCAAGCAAUACCAUCAACAUACUUGUCUUAGAUUCAAGAAAAAAACAAACGAAUGGAGAUACAUAAGUUUCUACAAAGGGAAUGGUUGUUCUUCCCCUGUUGGUCAACGACUUUUUCGUAAAAAUAGUAUAUCGCUAGGUCCUGGAUGUUGGAGCACUGGAAUUGUCAUGCAUGAAAUUGGACAUAGCAUUGGACUGUACCAUGAGCAAAGUCGUCCUGAUCGAGAUAAUUACGUCAAAAUUUUGUGGAACAAUAUUGAAAAAGGAAUGUCACAUAAUUUUAACAAACAAUCCACAUUGACCGUUAGUUCAUUGGGAACAAAAUACGAUUUCUUAUCAAUGAUUCAUUAUGGAUCAACAGCUUUCGGUAGAGGAAGAAUGACAAUUCAGACUAAGGAUCCUUCAAAACAAAGAUUAAUUGGUCAGCGAAGAGGCUUUAGUGAUAUUGAUAUAAAACAAAUUAAUCUGAUGUACGGAUGCAAUAAGUAAAUAAGUUGUUUUGGGUGGAAUUGUAAAAUGUUGUUU